CGUGAGUUUAUAGCGGAGCAGCCUUCACAUCCACCACCGAGUAUUCCGCGCACUUCAGUCCCGGCGACUCCCGCGAGUGUCUUAUGGAUGUGACCGAUUGUUUCACCAGCGUUAAAGCCAGACGCCGCGCCGCGUUCUUUGCACCUGCCCGUCGGUCCUCCGACGUAGCGCGCCGCGCCCCGGUGGCUCUCCAAAACCUCCCAGGUGGACAGAGAUGAGUAGUCCCGAUGCGGGUUACGCCAGCGACGAUCAGACCCAGGCAAGGUGCGCGAUGUCAGCCAUGAUGCCUGGAAUGGGACGCUGCCAGUGGGCCGACCCUCUCAGUCCCCUCGGCGACGCCAAAGUGAAGAACGAGCCGUGCGCCUCCGGCUCCGGCGGCCAGAAUCGCGGCAAAACUGAGCCGCGGAUCCGGCGGCCCAUGAAUGCGUUCAUGGUCUGGGCGAAGGAUGAGCGCAAGAGACUGGCGCAGCAGAACCCGGAUCUGCACAACGCGGAGCUGAGCAAAAUGUUGGGGAAAUCGUGGAAAGCCCUUCCUGUGACAGAAAAGCGUCCCUUUGUGGAGGAGGCCGAGCGGCUGCGCGUUCAGCACAUGCAGGACCACCCCAACUACAAGUACCGGCCCCGGCGGCGGAAGCAGGUGAAGCGGAUUAAGCGGCUGGACUCUGGCUUUCUGGUCCACGGCGUGUCCGAUCACCAGGGCCCGUCCAUGCCCGGGGACGGCAGGGCGUGUGCGGAGAGCCUGGGCUACCACGAGCACGGCUUCCAGGUGCCCCCCCAGCAGCUCGGCCACUACCGAGACGCUCAGGCCCUCGGGGGCCCCUCCUAUGAGACGUAUAGCCUCCCUACGCCUGACACCUCCCCUCUGGACGCUGUCGAGUCGGACCUCAUGUUCUUCCCCUCGCAUUCACAAGAGGACUGCCACAUGAUGCCCGCCUACGCGUACCACUCCCAGGCGGCGGAGUACCAGCCCCAGGACCCCCACGGCAACCACCACGGCAACCCGAUCCUGCACCGGCACCCCGGCUCGACUCCGGAGCAGCCCCUUCAGUCCGCAAACCUUCCCCCCUCCUACAUGGGAUGCCCCAACCCUCUGGCCAUGUAUUACACUCAGCACUGCAGCCCCGGCCACCCCAAGCGGCACCCCGGCGGGGCCGGACAGCUCUCCCCGCCUCCCGACUCCCACCACCCUCACCCGGCAGACAGCGUGGAGCAGAUGCACCACUCGGAGCUGCUGGCCGAGGUGGACCGCAGCGAGUUCGAGCAGUAUUUGAGCUCCUCUUCGGCGCGCGUGGACAUGGCCGGCCACUACGGGCCGCACGAGGCCGGCAUGCAGGGGCCCGAGAGCCUGAUAUCAUCGGUGCUGUCGGACGCCAGCACAGCUGUGUAUUACUGUAGCUACAACAACUCCUAACCUCCUGCCCGCUGCAAGGACACGUGGUCUGACCUCAAAUCUAAAUUUGAACAAAUAAAUGUUUGUUUGUUUUUAUUUUAUUUGUCAUUGCCAGCCUCUUGGGCACGUGAGAUUUUCCAACGCCGCUUUGGCGAAGACUGUUGUACUGUAAGAACAAGCCAUAGAAUACUUCACACACUCGUUUAACUUUUUCUUCCUCUCUUGCAGGGAUUCGUUUUGUGAUGAUAAAUAUUGAACAGACACUAUUUCAAAGUUUAUGUAUAUACUGAAGGUGUUUUUUAUACUUUUUUUGCACUUUUGAGAAAUAAAUGUUGGCAAAUAGACUCACAA